CUCCAAAUAUAGUUCGGAAGUGCAUUUUUCUCGUAAACUAAGCGACGAUGCGGUUUGCGCAGUUAGUGAUAGGUCCCGCGGGCAGCGGCAAGUCCACUUACUGCUCCGCUCUUGUCCGGCACGCAGUGGAAAAAAAACGCGCCAUCGAAGUCGUUAAUCUGGACCCCGCGGCCGAGCACUUCGACUACGAACCGAUGGCCGACGUCCGCGAGCUCAUUCACGUCCAAGACACGAUGGAAGAUGAAGAGCUCCACUUUGGCCCCAACGGGGGUCUAAUAUUUUGUAUUGAGUACCUACUCGAAAACUCCGACUGGUUGCGCGACAAGCUGGGGGAGGACGAAGACGACUACGUCCUGUUCGACUGUCCUGGCCAGAUUGAACUCUACACACACUUAACAGCCAUGAAAAAAUUAGUCAAGCAGUUACAAGACUGGAAUUUUAAUAUUUGCGCUGUGUUUCUGGUGGACGUGCAGUUUAUGACCGACGGGGCGAAGUUCCUGUCGGGGACCAUGGCGGCGUUGAGCGUCAUGGUGAAUUUGGAGCUGCCACACGUGAAUUUGUUGUCAAAGAUGGAUUUGUUGAGCAAGGGGGCGCGCAAAAGGAUUGAGAGGUUUCUGGAGCCUGAUGCGCACGCGAUUUUAGGGGACAUUGAGCUGAAUGGGGCGAAUGCCUUUAACGAUAAGUAUAAAAAGCUGUCAGAGGCAAUUGGGGAUUUAAUUGAAAACUAUUCACUAGUUAGGUUUCUUCCACUGAAUUUAAAAAAUCACGAAAGUGUGAACGACAUUUUAAUUACUAUAGAUAACAUUAUCCAGUAUGGGGAGGACCAGGAUGUGCGGACCCGUGACUUUGAAGAGGCCGACGACGACGAUUAAUUUUUCUUAAUUAAUAAUAAUUCGGAAUUAGGAGCGACAUUGACCAGGUUGAUUAAAAUGCGUUUACAUAAUUUAUUUCAGAUUUAUACUUUUUUUAUAUAAAACAAUAACACAAAAUA